AUGGGGUUGAGUGGGAAGCUUUUGCAAAUCAUAGCAGUGCCUGGAGUGAUCAUAAUAUUUGCAAUUGUGGCAGCAGCAGCAGCAACAACUAUAGUCAAGCCUGGCUGCCCCAGCAUGUGUGGAAAUGUAGAAAUUCCAUUCCCAUUUGGUCUCACUGAGGGCUGCUAUCUAGAUGAGAGUUUUAAUAUCACAUGUGACUCUGGAAAGCCAAAGACAGGUAAUGUCACUGUCACAAACAUAUCCAUUGACACUCAUGAGUUGCAUGUCUUGACUGAUGUAGCCCAAGACUGUUACCAAAUGGUGGAAAGUCACAAUAACGCUCCCGGGAAAUCUGCUUACUGUUCCAAGGGCCGUAACUUGCUCGGGAAACUUGGUAUCAGUGACAGUAUGGGUCCCCGGCCCAUGGAUCCUCGUUACAAUGGUAAGGACGGUGCGCAGUACGGUGGUAUUCCUGGUUACAAUGACAAGAACGAUCCCUAUGGCCGUCACGAAUCUUUGCCGUGCGUUCCCACGGUCAGGGUUCAUGGUCGCAGAUACAAGAACAAACCCGAGUUCAGGGUCUCCCAGUACACCAUUUCCAACAGCAAAAAUAAGUUCACUGUUAUCGGCUGUGACACUAUCGCAUACCUCAGUGGGUUCCAAAACGGAGAAUGGUACAAUAUCGGGUGCGCAUCUCAAUGCCCUAGCCUUAGCAAUGUGGUCAAUGGGUCUUGCUUUGGCGUUGGGUGUUGCGAGUUAGGGUUUCCUGAUGGACUCAAAAAUAUUAGUGUUGAAGUAUACAGCUUUUAUAAUCACUCCAAUGUUUGGGGGUUCAAUCCCUGCGGCUAUGCUUUUGUUGUCGAGAAAGGCCAAUUCAACUUCUCCGCCGGUUAUCUCAACAACUAUCCAAACCAAACGGUUCCAUUGGUGCUUGAUUGGGCAGUUGGCAUUCUCAAAUGUGACAAAGCUCAUAAAGAACCUAAUUACGCAUGUAAGGAUAAUAGUGAUUGCAUUGAUCUCCACACAAGGCAGGAUGGGUACCGUUGCAAGUGCAAGCGGGGUUACAAAGGGAACCCAUACCUCCUCCAAGGCCAAGGGGGUUGCCAAGACAUUGACGAAUGUAAGGAUCCAACUCUCAAUAAUUGCACGAAACUAUGUACCAACGGAAUAGGCAAUUAUACAUGUGGUUGUCCCAAGUGGUACCGUGGGGACGGAAGAAAAGAUGGUGAAGGUUGUUCUGUAGAUGUUGUACUAGCAAUUAAGGUUUCCAUUGGAAUUGGCAUAGGCUUAAUUGCUAUGCUUGGGGGUAGCUCGUGGCUGUUUUUGGUAUUCCAGAAAAGAAAAUAUAUUAAGCUUCAAGCAAAGCUCUUUCAACAAAAUGGGGGUUUGAUCUUACAACGGCGUCUUCGUGCACUAGGAUCCACUAAAAAGUCCAAAAUCUUUACUUUUGAAGAGCUGAAGGUGGCUACCAAAAACUAUAGAGAGAAUAGGGUCAUUGGCCAAGGAGGUUUUGGUACGGUUUACCAAGGAUUUUUACCAAAUAAUACAAUUGUUGCCAUCAAGAAGUCCAAGACAGUGGAUCCAUACCAAGUUGACCAAUUCAUUAAUGAGAUUGUUCUGCUCUCCCAAAUUGACCAUAAGAAUGUUGUCAAACUCUUAGGCUGUUGUUUAGAGACACAAGUUCCUUUGCUAGUCUAUGAAUUUGUCUCACAAGGUACACUUUUCAACUAUAUACAUCGUGAAAGCAACACAUCCACCAAACGAUGGGAGACCUAUCUAAGAAUAGCUGCAGAAACAGCGGAUGCACUAUCGUAUCUACACUCUUUAGCUAUAAUUCAUAGAGAUGUCAAGCCCUCAAACAUUCUGCUUGGUGAUAAUUUCACUGCCAAAGUCUCCGACUUUGAAAUUUCAAAAUUGGUUCCGCACGAUCAAAAGGAUGUAGCUACUGUAGUGCAAGGAACUCUUGGAUACCUGGAUCCUGAAUACUUACAAACGAACCAAUUGAAGGAGAAAAGUGAUGUUUAUAGCUUUGGAGUGGUCCUCAUGGAGCUACUAACAGGAAAUGAUGUAUUUUCAUUUGAUAGAUCGGAGGAUGAAAGAUGUCUAGCUAUGUAUUUUCUUUCUUUCUUGAAAGAGGAUCGCAUGGAUGAAAUUCUUGAUAAACGAAUAGUUGAAGAAGGAAAUAAAGAGCAGAUCAAGGAAGUCGUUAAACUUGCAGAGCGGUGCUUAAGAGUGAAAGGGGAUGAGAGGCCUAGUAUGAAGGAAUUGGCCAUGGAAUUAGAACAGAUAAGAAAGAUAGAGGCACACUUGUGGGUUAAUGCUCAAACAAAUCUAGAAGGGGCCGAACACCUAGAUGGUGUGACAUCUAACGCUUACGAAAACGGUGGAAGUAGCAAUACAACCGCUGGAUUUGAUAGCAUGAAGGACAAUGUAAUGUUAGCCUUGGGGGAUGGCAGAUGAAUGUGGCAUGAU